GGAAGAGAGAGGAGCCACACAACCUAAGAAAAAGAAGAAGAAGGAGAGCUGGCCGCAGGAGUUUUCCAGGUGCGUAGGCCUCCUUGUUCGACUCCUAACUUGAGUUCCACUAAUCCAAUUAAAACGUGUGAGGUGCCCACUGAAAUCUCUCGAGAAGAGGAAUCCAUAGGUGUACGGUUUGAAGGAAACGGAGCAGAUUAAGGCCUCCAAAUCGUCCGAACACAACGAAACCUUGAAGAAUACGUGUGUGGUAUUCAAAGUUAGGGAACGAAUUCGCCGGAAAACACCCGUUCUAGGGACUGUUUUCGUGUUGACGUUUAGGGGUUGAGAUAGCACUGUGAGGAGGAUGUUUAACACUCAUUUUUAAGCAAGGAAUCAUUUCUUAAUCCACCUUGGCCGAAGCUUUGACCAUUGGAUCAAGAAGGAGAAAUUUAAAGCGCAUUUAAGGGAGGAAAUACUUUUUAAAUAUGAUGAGUUUGCUGUUACAAGAGCAGAGAUGCUGUCGUUGCAUGAAAACCAACAUAUAAGCGCAUAUGUAUUGGAUGCAUGGUCCACAAUGCUUAAUGCUAGGGAAAAUUUGAGGAGCAGUCAUUCACUGUGCCGAAUGUUUGCAAGAGCUUAUGAUUGCGUGCAUAGCUGGGUGGGUGAAUUAACACCUAAGAAAGACCGACCUGUUAUUUUGAAUGAUGCGGUAGAGUUUGCAUUGGCAGGAUUUCCGGAUAAUAUAAGCAUAGAGCAUGUGGAGUUGUUUUUCUUCCCGAUAAUGCAACCACGUCAUUGCUAUGUUAUAUGUUUCAAUCGGAUUAACCAGCAAUGGGAGAAUCUAGAUGCGUCAACGUCGACACUGAAGGUUGCUGACAAGUACAGCGAAAUGCCUAGCAUUUUGAAAGAUAUGUUUGUGCACUACAUGACUAUUAUUGGAUUGGGUAACAAGGUCAAGGGGCUGAAAAAAGCAAAAGCGAAGAAAGUUGUGAUGAACUGGCGCCAUGAAAACAAUGAGUAUGAAUGCAAUGUCCUAACAAUGAGACUUGUGGAUAUAUAUAUGGGCCAAGGCAGUAAAGGGUGGGACAUUGGAAUAAAAAAUGGAGACAAGAAGCACAUGGCCGCGAUUCUUUCAGCGGAGUGCAAUGAGAUGAAGAAAACAAUGUGGAAGAGGUUAAGAAGUAUGCAAAAGUGAAGAAGCAAGACAAAGGAAAAUUAAAGAAGUGAACUGAGGUGUUUUAAACAUUAAAACAUUUGUUUGGUUGUAUUGUUUGACGAGAAUUGCGUUUUGGUUAUGUUUUAUUUGAAGCUUAAUACGUUUUUAGACUAUUUAGAAUAUGUUUAAACAAGGUAUUUUUGCAUGAAUUUGAUGAAUUUUAUAUAUUAUUGAAAAUUUUCAUGCUUGA